GGGGGUGGCAGGCAGCAGUGCCCAGGAGCGAGCCCCAGAGAGCAGAGGCCAGGCAAGACCCCCAUGGCAGAGAGACUUCAGGGCCUGCCGGAGCGUGGGCUUGGUGGACAGGAGUGAUUUCCUGGCAUGGCCACAGACCCACAAACAGGAGCACCCAUUUCCGUGCACUUCACCCAGCGCGGGUGCCUCAAAAAUCCACCUGUGGCUGCACAUUGGGGAGAAGCCCUUCCCCUGCACCGACUCUGGCAAGCAGUUCCCCUCCAAGGGAGACCUGAGGAUGCACCAGCACAAGCACACAGGCGAGUGCAGCAAGUGUGGGAAGAGCUCCACCAGGAAAGUUGACCUCUGGGUGCAUCUGUGGAAGCACACGGGUGAGAGGCCCUUCUCCUGCACCGAGUGUGGGAAGAGCUUCACAGCCAAGGGCUACCUCGAGAUCCACCUGGGGCAGCACAAGGAGAAGAGGCCGUUCAUGUGCCUGGAGUGUGGGAAGAGCUUCAUUUCUAAGGGCUCGCUCAAGAUCCACCAGUGGAUCCACACUGGGGAGACGCCGUACACCUGCCCCAAGUAUGGGAAGAGCUUCACCACCAAGGGCUACCUGAAGAUCCACCAACAGCUGCACAGAGGAGAGAACCCCCUCCCACCACCCCUGUCAUGAGUGCGGGAAGAGCUACCUCCAGGCCCACUAGAAGAUCCACAAAGAAGGGACGUCCUUCAUCUGCAGUGAGUGUGGGAAGAGCUUUAACACCGCACGCUAUCUCAAAAUGCACCAGUGGAGCCACAUCAGGCAGACAACAUUCCCCUGCCCAGAGUGUGGAGAGAGCUUCAUGCAGAAGGGCCAUCUCUGCAUCCACCAGGGCACGCACACUGGUGAGGGCCUCUUCACCUGCUCUGAAUGUGGGAAGGCUCCCACAUUCAGAGGGCUCCUUGAAAAUCCACCUAAAAAUCCACACCCAGCUGUCGCUGAGCAUCUGCAUGGACUGUGGGAAGAGCUUCUCCUCCACUCACUGUCUCAAGGUGCACCAGAAGAUCCACUUGCGAGAGCAAGUGCCUGUGCCCACUGAACAUGGGGACAGCCCUCUUCCAAAAGCCCCAGCCCCCAUCUCCCAAAAAACCCACUGGGAAAUGAUCUCCUUCACAUGCAACGAAUGUGGGAAGAGAUUUUUUGUCAGAAGUCUAAUUUAAUAACCCAUGAGAAAACCCACACGGAGCAGAGGUCGGUGGAUAUAAAGCACGAGAGCAUCCUUGGCUCUGGCACUAGCUCCAGUGUGGAGCUGCAGCCAGUGGGUCCGGGCGAGGAGAUGGGGUGAGCAGUGAAGGCUCACCUAGACCCGAUUCCCUAUCCCCUUGCAAUGGAUUUCAAACCCAGUUUCCAGUUUUCUCAGCUGCUUCCACCUCUUUCCUCGGGACUAAAUCUCAGCAUAAUCUGAACUGAAUUUCACGCAGAACGUGAAAUUUGGAAGUGCCGUGCUGCGCUGGGAGCAGAGAGGCACAGAAAUCCAGGAAUAUGCUAGUGUGGUACGCCCAUGGCCUGGCCCAGCCUGGCAUGAGCCCAAGGGCUUUACACCUAAAUUCCAGCGGUCAAGGCUGUCCUUUUAUUUCCAUGCUAGUUUGCUAUAGCAAUAGACAUUUUAUAGUGUGCAGGCUGCUAGAAUGUGAGACCACCAACCUAGGCAGAUGCUGUUUUGCUGCUUCUAGAAAGCUACAGUCCUAACAUUAUUUAAUACAUACAGCGCAUGGUUUGGGAUAAAAUAACGCUGAAAUAUCAAUAGUUAUCUUUGUAAACAAAAUA